UCUUUGCAAUAAGACAUCAUCAACCCCCACCCCCAUACAUACACACUGAACAAACAUGGGGAGUGUAGGGACACAGGCCAAUAUGGAUGCCUGACCUAGUUGGAUACCUCUAUGCUAUGAUCUGGUACGGUUUUGUGUUAUUCUUGGGACAUUCCUGUCCCCAGGCUUUCUGCUUUGCCAUGGGUUGGCCCAGGUCUUUGCUGGCAGCACUUUGGGCACUGUGGGCCAUGGAGGCCACAGCACUGCGCCUUGGAGCCUUCAACAUUCAGAGCUUUGGUGACAACAAAGUGUCAGAUCCAGACUGUGGCAGUGUCAUAGCACAGAUCCUGGCUGGCUAUGAUAUCGUCCUGGUGCAGGAGGUGCGAGAUCCAGACCUGAGUGCAUUGUCACUGCUCAUGGAGCAAAUUAACAGAGAGUCUAAGCACGAGUACAGUUUUGUGAGCAGCAAGCCACUUGGACGUGACCAAUACAAGGAAAUGUAUCUGUUUGUCUACAGGUGAGGGAAAGAUGCAGUGUCAGUUAUAAGCACAUACCAGUAUCCAGACCCAGAGGAUGCCUUCAGCCGGGAGCCUUUUGUGGUAAAAUUUUCAGCUCCCAGUUCUGCUGCCAAGGAGCUAGUGCUGAUCCCUCUGCACGCAGCACCUCACCAGGCGGUAGCCGAGAUCGAUGCCCUCUACGAUGUGUACCUUGAUGUGAUAGACAAGUGGAACACUGAUGACAUGGUGUUCCUGGGUGACUUUAAUGCUGACUGCAAGUAUGUAAAGGCCCAGGACUGGGUUUCAAUCCGCCUGCGCAGCAGUGAGGUCUUUAAAUGGCUCAUCCCAGACAGUGCGGACACCACAGUGGGCAACUCAGACUGUGCCUACGACCGGAUUGUAGUGAGCGGUGCUCAUCUGCCUAAGAGCCUGAAGGCCCAGUCAGCCUCUGUUCACAACUUUCAGGAGGAAUUUGGCCUAGAUCAGACCCAGGCUCUUGCCAUCAGUGACCAUUUUCCUGUGGAAGUGACCUUCAAGUCUCACUGACAGCUAUGGCCUAGGCAGGAUAUGCCACCUGCAGACUCUGGCCUCACGGAAUGGUCCCACAAUGGAUCACUGGGUGGCGGGCCAACCACCAUUCAGGGCAGGGCCAGCUGAUGUGGACAAAGGCUAUGAACACAUUACAGGAUUAUUUAGAGCCCCUGUUUGCUCAUGUGUAAGGUGUGCUGACAUCACCUACUUCAUAGGGCUGUUGUGAGGAGCACCCAUGAAUGGAACCAGAGCAGCAUCAAGCACAUAGCUGCACGCUUAAUAAACAAGCCGUUCUUGGUCAGGACUA